AUGUCGUGCCCACCACAGAUAGCCGUAUUUGAGCAACUGGGGCAUACUCCUGUGGUGGACAUGAACGAGAAGAAGCAGACCUCAGGUACUGUCUCUGGAGCGCUGAAUCAAAGGCAGCUACGGUCCCAGGAGAGCUUUCCUGCUGAUCAGAGCAAUUGCCGUACGGCAUCGAUUUUUGCCGUGGCAGGCUGCACCGCAGCCAAUUUCUCCGAUGGCUAUCAGCAGCAAGUUGCCUCUACUGUGAAUCUCAUAUUCGCACACAUGCUCGGCAAGGAGUACACGUCCGAUGACAAAACGAGAAUUUCCAGCGCCCUGAUCGUUGGGCAGAUCUUCGGAAUUCUUCUGCUAGGAUUCGUCACCGACUGGUGGUCGCGCAAGGCCGGAAUGGUCUUUACCUCGGCUCUCGUCGUCAUUGGCAGCCUGAUGGCGACAUUGGCGCUUCGGGUUCAGCAUCUAGGAGUCGAAAAUAUGUUAUGGUAUUUGACAGUGGUCCGUGGCAUGGCUGGGGUCGGUGUUGGAGGCGAGUUUCCUGCCGGUGCUGCUGCCGCUUGCGAAGGGAUGGAAGACUACAAACCAAAGUCUCGCGGACCCAUCUUCGUGUGCGCGACGACGUUCAUCACCUGCUGGGGAGGGCCCGUCUGCGUCUUUGUGUACUUGAUGACACUUCUCGCGUCCAACAACAACCUCGCUACUACGUAUAUUGCGGUUAACUCAGUCUCGGUCACUCUCCCACUCUUUGUUUUCAUGUUUCGUCUCCGCAUGCAAGACUCCAAGCUUUUCCAACGGUCCAACUUCAAGUCGACGAAGACGGUCAGGAUCCCACUUCGGCUCAUCCUCAAGAGAUACUGGGUUCGCCUUUUGGGCACAGGAGGCGCCUUCUUCAUCUACGAUUUUGUCAACUUCCCAAACAGCAUCAUGUCUAGUACGAUCAUCAACUCACUAGUGCCAGGCAAGGCUCUUCAGACAGUUGCUAUAUGGCAGCUCAUACUGUCCCUGAUGACACUACCAGGAGUUUUCGCCGGCAUCUUCCUCGUCAACAAGCUUGGCCGCCGAUGGACUGGUAUCUUGGGCUUUGGAGGGUAUCUGCUCGUCGGACUCAUUGUCGGGUGUUCUUUCGCCCAGAUCUCCAAGGUCAUUCCCGCCUUUGUUGUUAUGUAUGGGUUGAUGCAGAGCCUUGGGCACAUGGGACCAGGUGCAACCCUUGGGCUUGUGUCCACAGAGUCAUACCCCACUGCCAUCCGAGGUGUUUGCUACGCGAUGUCAGCAGCCCUAGGCAAGGCUGGAGCAGCUGUGGGGACAGAGGUAUUUACUCCCAUCAAGGAGAAUCUUGGUCAGAGGUGGACAUUCUUCUUCGCUGCCAUCUUCGGUGCUAUUGGAAUGGUCGUGUACUGGUUCUUGAUCGAAGACAUGACGCAAUCGGAUCUUUUGGCCGAGGACAAGGCUUUUGAGAUAUACUUAAGGGAGAACGGAUGGGAGGAUGAGAUGUUGGAAAAGGCAGAACGCAGGGAGUGA